CGCCUAAUCCAGCUCCUAAGAACAGCUUCACUGUCUUGAUACCCAACAAUACACACACACAUACGUACAUACGUACAUACUCACCUGGUCGCAUUUCGAGCCUCUUCUUUACUAUUGUUCCUGCUAUCUGCUUUGUCUGCUCAGUGCGGUGUACCUACCUCAUACCUCUUUCCACCAUAGCUCGAACAGCGACGACCAUGGCAGGGUGGUUCUCAUCGGGCACUUCAGCUCUGGACGAGCAGAUCGAACGUGCGACCUCUUCAAGCUUAGAAGACAUUGCCCUGAACCUCGAAAUAUCCGAUGUUAUCCGCUCGAAAACAGUGCAGCCUAAAGAAGCCAUGCGGGCUUUAAAGAAGCGCAUAGGCAACAAGAAUCCGAACGUUCAGUUGGCGGCCUUGAACCUCACAGAUACAUGCUUCAAGAACGGCGGAACCCAUUUCAUGAAUGAAGUUGCGUCACGGGAGUUCAUCGACAACUUCACAUCCUUACUGGAGGGCUACGGAGAAAGUGCCCCGAAUCACGCCGUCAAAUCAAAGAUAUUAGAACUCAUACAAUCGUGGGCUGUUGCUGCCGAGGGAAGGAACAGUCUCUCAUAUAUCGGAGAGGUCUACAGGACACUCCAAAGGAGCUACAGCUUUCCGCAAAGAGAGGCUAUCGCCAGUAGCAUGUUUGACAGCAGUGCACCUCCGGAAUGGGCGGAUUCGGAUGUAUGCAUGCGAUGUAGGACACCGUUUACGUUUACGAAUAGGAAACACCACUGCCGGAAUUGCGGGAACGUCUUUUGUGGCUCAUGUUCCGGGAAGACACUACCUUUACCGCACCUCGGCAUACUAGAGGCUGUCAGGGUCGACGAUGGAUGCUAUCUCAAGCUCACCGACAAGUCAAAGCCGUCCUCAGUCGCUCGGGGCUUCGAGGCUGUAAAGCCGGCCCGAACCCUCUACCAAGGUUCGAUGGAGCCCAGGAGUGCGCGGGUGGAGGACUCGUUUGAUGCAGAUCUCAAGAAGGCACUAGAGAUGAGUCUGGAAGAGGCGAAAGGUAGCGCUCCGGGAUCAGGUUAUGUUCCACAGGCACAACCGAAAUCACAGCCCAAGCCAAAGUCCGCCGUACCUAAGCCGGUGGCAAAGGACGAAGAGGAGGACGAUGACCUCAAAGCGGCUAUCGCGGCAUCUCUGGCGGACAUGGAGGAGCAGAAGAAGCAGCAUGCGGCAACUUUCAAGCAGCAGACGUUAUCUUCGAAUGGCGUUGCAGCACCUGUAGCUCCGAAGAACGAUUACGAGCUGACGCCUGUGGAGGCUGAGAACAUCAACUUAUUCUCCACGCUUGUCGAUCGACUACAACAUCAGCCCCCGGGAACUAUCCUUCGGGAGCCACAGAUACAAGAGCUAUAUGAAAGUAUCGGCAAGCUACGUCCUAAGCUCGCAAGAACAUACGGAGAGUCGAUGAGCAAAUACGAUACACUCCUUGAUAUACAUGCCAAGCUCUCUACUGUAGUACGAUAUUACGAUCGGAUGCUCGAAGAACGACUCUCGAGUACAUACAGCCAGUCUUCCUACGGAAUGCCACGGCCGGCUUCGAAUAUGUAUCCACAACUCCAGGCGUCGACAGACCACAGCGGUCCGUCGGCAGCUGAGAAUUACUAUACGGGAAACGCAGCGCCAUCAGACCCGUAUGCGCGACCGCAGACAACAUACAGCUAUGCGCCCGCGCAACAAACGCAGCCGUCGUAUGCGCAAUACGACCAGCGCGCAUCCGCAACUCCAACACAAUACAACGCGCCCCACGAUCGACUGCAAAGACAGGCUUCGAAUGGGCCGUACCCGAGUCUUGCCGGCUAUGCUCCUGGACAGUCACAACUUCCGGCGGCGGCGGCGCAGCAGCAGCAGCAACAGAAGCCUCCUAGCACAUCCUAUGAAGCCUCUCCACACAUGCAACGUCGCACAUCAACAUACUCGAACCACUCGCAACAAGCGGCGUCGUUUAACCCCGCGCAACCACUCCCUUCAGCUCCUGAAGAUCCGAACACUUCAUAUUACUAUGGUGACGUCACGCCCACCCAAGCACAAGCCCCUGAGCAGCAGCAGCAGCAGCAGCAGCACCGACCCCAACAGACGGAGCCUCCGCAACAGACAUACCCAAUCUCGCCGCCCCAGCCCGCACCACCACAGCUCUACCAGCAGCCCCAGCAGCCUCAGCAACCACCAUCCUACACACAGCAGACGCAACCGACGCAGCAGCCCCAACAACAGCCUCCACAACAAGCGCCACAAGCCGCAAGCCAGCAGCCCCAAUACUGGCAGCAACCGCAGCUGGAACAGCAACAUCAGCAACAGCAGCAACCACAACAUCAGCCACAACAGCAACAUCAACAGCAACAUCAACAGCAACAUCAACAACAGCCCCAGCAAGCACUCCCUCCAACACAGCAAUCAGCUCAACCACCACAACAUCAUCAACAUCUCAAUCAACACCACCACCAACAACAACAACAACAACAACAGCAAUGGCAACCCCCAACCCCAGCACAACAUCAACAUCAACAACCACAACAACAUCAGCAACAACAACAACCACAACAGACAUACGCCGGCUACGCAGCAGACAGCUUCCCGGAGGCGCCGCGACAUCAACCGCAGGCGGUCAAGGAGGAGGCCUUGAUUGAGCUGUGAGGCGGGUGGUUGGUGUCGGUGGGGAGGAUAGAUGGAUGGGAGGAUGGAGACGGGGAUGGAUGGAUGGAUGGAUGGAGACAGGGAUGGAUGGAUGGAUGGAUGGAAUGGUAGGAGUGGCGUGUAAUGAAUGGGUUACUUGCAAGGGGGGAUGGGAGGUGUUUGGGGGAAGUAGGGUAUAUAUAUAUAUAUAUGUAGUAGCAUUGGGUGGUAGUAGGUAUAUCACAUCACAUCAC